UCAUAACGCAGAAGUUAAACAACAAAAUGUGUCUCACAGACACAUGUUGGUAAGAUUAGGGUUAAAAUGGAAACUUAUAUACACAUACAUAUGUACAUAUGUAAGUAUGUAAAUAAGGUAAAGUUUUAUUUUAAUAAAAAUGGCCCUAUUGUUUUCUAAAAUGCCGACAUGUUCACCGUUAAGCUUUUCUGUCGAUUGUCGCCUUACUAAAGUAAUCGUAACUUGAGCAUGACAAAAUGCUGUUCACAUUUCGUGAAAUGCUUGCAAUAGCUUAGCUAAAUUGACCGUAAAUUAUAAAAGUGUUAUAGCAGCAAAUUCUUAUUUAAAUAAUGCUAUAUAUGUAUGAAGAGCAAAGUGUUCAGAGGAGCUCGGUGUCUACAUUAUCAUCGGUCGUUGAGCUAUGACGCCAACCCAGCUCGUAUAAAAAGACACAACGCACUUCUAAAUUUUGAUUAGAUACUCGUACACUCAGUGCGGUCGCAGAUCGAGAGCAACAAAACAAUAUGGAUGCACCAGAGUGGUUGACUGAGAAUUAUAUGCUGGAAGCAUUACGCGUCCAUCACGAAGACCCCGGUCUUCAGCUACAUUCUAUGUAUGUGCAGCCGGCAAUGGCAAGGGGCGAAAAUUACGGUGGCGUACUGACUCGCAUCAGAGCACAGUACCAACUCAGCAACAGUAAGCAGAGACUAGAAAGGAGCUUUAUCGUGAAGACAUCUUUCGAGGAGGAUCCCAUUGCCAGCGCCAUAAUGGCGCCCUAUGACAUCUUUAAUCGUGAAAUGCGUAUUUACGAGGAGGUGUUGCCUAAACUAAACGGAUUGCUUCGCGAGAUCGACGAUACGGACCAACUCUUUGCAACGGCCAUACAUGUGGACUACAAACGUCAAUUGCUGAUUUUCGAGGACCUUAGUGAGCGCGGCUACGUGAUGGCCAGUCGCUUGCACGGCCUCGACAUCACCCAUGUCAAGUUGAUCUUGCGUAAGCUCGCCAAAAUGCAUGCCACGUCGGCAGUACUCAAUGAGCGGCAGAACGGCUGUCUGGAAACGUACGAUCGCGGCUUCUUCAACCGUUACACAGACAACUACAGUCCGUAUUUCGUCGGAUCUCUGCUUGCAUGUGCCGAGUACAUUCUGAAGAAUAUGCCCGACCGUGCGUACUACGGCCAUAAAUUGAAAGCGCUAGCGCCCCACUAUAUGGAAAUUGGUAAACGCUGUUUUGCGCCAACUGCGGGACAUAUUAAUGUAUUGGCACAUGGCGACCUCUGGGUCAACAAUGUCAUGUUCAAAUAUGAUCCGAGGACAAGUGAGCCCGUCGAUGUGCUUCUCAUCGACUUUCAAUACACUUUCUGGGGCUCGCCGACGCUGGAUCUGCAUCACCUUUUCAACACCUCACUGCAGGAGCCACUACGACUACAUAAACAGGAUGUGCUGUUCCAGUAUUACCAUGGUAUUUUUAGUGAUGUCCUGCAGAGGCUGAACUAUAGUACACAUCCAGUGCCCUCGUUGAACCUCUUCCGGCAGCAGGUGGAGCAGAAACGAUUUUUCGCGUUCCAUUCUUCCUGUGUCGUACAGCCGGUAAUGAUCAGUGAAGACACAAAGGAUGCCGAUUUUAAUUCGCUGAUGGGCGAGGACGAGCGUGCACUGAAGUUCAAAUAUAAUGCCUACUGCAACAAACAGGUGCAUAAGAAUCUCAUAAAUUUGCUGCCAUUGUUCGACCGACGAGGACUUUUGGAGGCAAAUCAGGAUGAGGGACUCACCAUCACACAAUUGGACAUAAAGCCAGCGACGGCGAAAGGUGAUAACUACGCCAGUGUGAUGACACGCAUCGGCGUCGAUUUUCUGCUCAGCAACAAGGAAGUCGAACAUGGUUCGUACAUCGUGAAGACUUCACAUGAGGGCGAUCCUGUCACGUCCAGCAUAAUGAGCAAGUACGAUAUCUAUAAAACGGAGAUGCUGAUGUAUGAGCGAAUUUUGCCGAAGCUCAUGGAGUUGCUUAGGCAAAUCGGGGACAAGGACAAACUCUUUGCCGACACCAUUCAUGUGGACUACGAGCAUUCGGCUAUUAUUUUCGAGGACUUGGCGGUGCUGCAAUUCGUCAAUCCUGAUCGGCUUGCUGGUAUGAAUGAGGUGCAAACGAAGUUGACGCUGAAGAAAUUGGCUAAAAUGCACGCCACUGCCGCUGUACUUAAUGAGCGUAUGCCCGGAAUUUUGAAUAAGUUGCAAAGGGGAAUCAUCAACCGCAUCACGUCCGGGUUUUCCCCAUUUUUCGAGGGUGUGGUAGAAGCUUGCGCUGAUUUCGCAGGAAAGUGCGCAGCUUUGGGUCCAUAUUACAAGGACAAGUUGCUCAGGCUCAAGCCGCAUAUUAUGGAAUAUGCAGCGCGUUCUAUUGACCCAAAAGAUGGUCACUUUUUGACGCUCACACAUGGUGACGCCUGGACGAAUAACGUUAUGCUCAGGUAUGAUCCGACGAAGCAAGGCAAAGUGAUCAAGGAUAUCAUGCUGAUCGAUUUUCAAUUCAGCGCGUGGACCUCCCCAGCUGCCGAUCUCCAUUACUUUUUCCACACCUCAUUGCCAUUGGAGUUUAAACUGCAUCGCGAAGACGAGUUCGUGCAAUACUAUCAUGGAAUUUUGGCGGAGACGCUACGGCAACUAAAUUUUGGUGGACAUAUACCCACUUUGCAUGACCUUUGCGUGCAGCUGGAAUCUCGUCGAUUCUACGGGCAAAUGAAGGUAGAGGCUUGUAAUCCUGCACCCGCUUGGUUAACCAAAGAGUAUCUGGAGGCCAUAUUUCGCAGAUAUAAAAACGAUGACGGACUUCAUAUCAAAGAAAUCGAUAUCAAGCCCGCGUCCGCGAAGGGUGACAAUUAUCUCAGCGUUAUGACGCGUUUAAAAAUCAAAUUCCACGUUAGCAGCAACACGACUGAAUGUGGUUCCUACAUUGUUAAGUCCACCUACGAAGCAGAUGUUUUGUCCGCGAAAAUCAUUAAGGGCUAUGACCUCUACAAUACCGAAAUGGUGAUGUACGAUAAAAUUUUGCCAAAAUUGUCACAAUUACUUUGUGAAAUAGGUGAUUGUACUAAGAUAUUAGCGAAUACUAUUCAUGUGGAUUACGACAACUCGGCCAUUAUUCUCGAAGAUCUGGCGGUAUUCAACUUCAGGACUGCUAAUCGUAUUGAGUAUAUGAACGAGACAGAAACCAAGCUGGUAUUAAGAAACUUGGCUAAAACGCAUGCGGCUGCCGCGGUGCUGAACGAACGCAUGCCUGGAGUACUGAAUAGACUCAAAAUGGGCAUGCACAAUCGCUCAACCACCGGCUUCGCCCCAUACUUUGAGGGCAUGUUUGAAUCUGGUCGCAAGAUUUCACUGCUUUGGUUGUUAAGGGCGGCACUCUCACAUUUGAUUCGAAUCAAGAUGAAGAAAUCUUUUGAAUCCGCUUCUGUUUGGCUAACGAAGGAAUACUUCGAAACGAUUCUUCGCAAAUACAAAAAAGAUAGUAAUCUUACAGUCACAAAAAUAAACUCCAGUUCGGGAACAUCAAAGGGCGAGAGUUUUAUAAGCACUUUGACGCGAUUCAAAGUGGAAUUCCUUUUGUCAAACAACAAGGUGCCGCAACAUGGAUUUUACAUUGUAAAAACAGACUACGAAGGCGAUCCAGUCAUUGAUAAAUACAUGAGAAAGUUUGAUGUUUACAACAGAGAGAUGUUGAUGUACCAUCAGAUUUUGCCACAAAUGACUACGCUCUUGCGGGAUAUCGGAGAUGAGGACAAGCUAUUUGCCGAUACAAUCCAUGUCGAUUUCGAGCGUUCUGCCAUUAUUUUUGAGGAUUUAUCGCCUUCACACUUUGUCGUUGCUGAUCGCAUCGCAGGAAUGGAUGAAGCACAAACAAGGUUAACACUGAAGAAACUAGCGAAAUUCCAUGCCGCUGGUGCGGUGUUGAACGAACGAAUGCCCGAUGUUUUGACAAGUUUGCAAGGAGGAUUCCUCAGGCGCACAAAUCAUGCCUUCGAACCAUUUCAUCAAGGCAUGAUUGAGGCCUGCGCUAAUUUCGCUUAUGGCUGCCAGGAGUUGGGUCCCUACUAUAAAGCGAAAUUGCUUAAACUGAAGGAGCACAUAUUUGAAUAUUCUGUACGUUGUUACGAUCCCAAAGAAAGUCAUUUUUUAACACUUAUUCAUGGUGAUAUUUGGUCAACUAACAUAAUGUUUUCGUUUGAAUCGAAUGGCCAAAUGAAUGGCACUAAAACUGUUAAGGAUGCCCGACUAAUUGAUUUUCAGUUCAGCAAUUGGUCAUCGCCAGCAGUGGACUUGCAUUAUCUGUUUAACACUUCGGUUGCAAAUGAAUUGCGUAUAAAUAAGCAGGAUGAGCUUAUACAGCAUUACCAUUCGAUAUUAGCGGAUAUGCUUCGGAGGUUGAGCUAUGCCGGGCACAUACCCUCAUUACAUGAGCUCUGUGUACAACUGGAGGAUAGACGAUUUUAUGCCUUUACAGCAGCGAUAGUGAAUCAACCUUUACAAACAAGUGAAAAUACUGACGACGCGGAUCUUAAAAAUUUGACCGAGAGCAGUGAACGAUCCAGAAAUUUUUACAAAGUAUUAUAUAGUAACCCGAAAGUACAAAAUGUUACCAAGACAAUGUUGCCGUUUUUCGAUCGCAAGGGCCUCCUAGAUAUAACUGAUUAGAUAAAUAACACUGGCAAAAUAAAUAAAUAAAAUAAUAAAAAAUAUAAUCUAAAC